CCGUGGGGCGGCCCGGGGAAGGCGGGAGGGGGCGGCCCGGAGCGGGCGCGGCCCGCGGCCCCUCCCGUCGCCAUGGCGGCUCCUUAAACAGGCGGCGGCGGCGGCCCCCACGCCUCAGAGCGCGGCGCCGGGAGGCCAGAGAACAGGGCUGGCUGAGCUCUGCCGGCGCAGCCAGCCAGAGCCAGGGCAGUAACAGGCCCCUCCAUCCCCUGUCCUGCUGCCCCAUGGCCGGGAGCACCGAGAUGGCCUCACUGGAAGAGAGCUUCCGCAAAUUUGCCAUCUACGGUGACACCAAGGCUACGGGGCAAGAAAUGAAUGGGAAGAACUGGGCCAAGCUGUGCAAAGACUGCAAAGUCACCGAUGGCAAAAGCGUCACCAGCACCGAUGUGGACAUUGUCUUCUCCAAGGUGAAAGGGAAGACAGCCCGUGUCAUCAACUAUGAGGAGUUCAAGAAGGCGCUGGAGGAGCUGGCCCCCAAGAGAUUUAAGGAUAAGAGCAAAGAGGAGGCGUAUGAAGCUAUCUGCCAGCUGGUGGCAGGGAAGGAGCCCAUUAAUGUGGGCGUCACGAAAGCCAAGACGGUGGGAGCCGUGGAGAGGCUGACAGACACCUCCAAGUACACGGGCUCCCACAAGGAGCGUUUUGACGAGAGUGGCAAGGGCAAGGGCAAGAGUGGGCGGGAGAACAUCGUGGACAACAGCGGCUACGUCAGUGCCUACAAGAAUGCGGGCACCUACGACGCCAAAGUGAAAAAGUAGGGAUGGGUGCUGUGGUGCCCACCGUCCCGGUCCCUGCACGUCGGCCGGGGGUCGGCGCUCAUGUCAGCCUUGGGACAUGCCUGCGUGACAUGGGGCCCGGGAGGCUGCGCUGGGGCCAGCCCCAGGCUGGCGGGAUGUCAGCCGCCCAGCGCUGUGAUUGGGAAAGUCGCCGGGCUGUGUGCUCUGCCCCAGUGCUAUGUCUGUCCCCCUCCUGCCGUGCUGUGACCCUCCCCAGCCCCUCCCGUGCCCCCCAUACUGUCACCCCCAGCCCCCUGCCACUGGCAGCACCUGCCGUACUAACAGCACUGCUCCUCAGGGCUCCCCUGUCCAGCUUGUACCCAGACCUUCCCUACCUCAGCCCCAGCUUUUGGGGCAUCCUCCCUGCCAGUCCCACCGGGACCACAGCCUACCUUCCCCAUAGACCUCCUGGAGACCUGCCUUAACCCUGCAUGAACUACACCACAGCCACCUCCUCACCUCCUUCCUUCCCCACUGGUGCCCUUGCCGUGGGGCUGCCCAGCUUCGCUCCUUGCCCAGCACUGUGGGAGGCUCAGACCCUGUGGUGCUGUUAGUGCUGGUGCUGCCAGGAUGCUCCCAGCUGAGCCCUGGCAUCCACUCUGGGAGAGCUUGGUGUUGCCUGGCCAUUGGCAAAGGUCUCCGACUUGAACUCCUGUGGCCUCCUGCUGCCUUUGUGAAGCCCAAACCAAAGGAUGCUGCAGACCUGCGCUGUAACCCGGCUCUGCAAUAAAACCCCACCCGCACUGA